UCUUCAACAACUCGCUCACCGUCCGAUUGUAACAACCCGCCAUAAUUAUCCUUCUCCAGAUUCUUUUGCUCGCUUCUAAUUUUGUUUAUGAUUUAAACGAAAAAACCCGAAAAUUCGGAUUCCGAGAAGUUUUGGAGCUCGAUCGAUGGUUCUCAUGGCGAUUUUCAGAAGUAGGGAUUUAAGAUAUGAGAUAGGGGGAAAGAAAUCCAGUAUGAGGAAGAAUCAGAGAGGAAGAACAAUGUCUUCUUCAAACGAUACUUCUAUUUCUUCAUCACAUUCUGAUUUGGAUUCUUCUCCUCCUCCUUCGCCGCAGUCAGAUGGUUUAUCGUUGAUGUCGAAUGAAGAUGUUUCUGAAUCGCCUAUUGUUUCAUCGAAAAUUAAAUCUCCGCCUGCCGACGACGGAGGUUCACCGUCUUCCACACCGAAACCAAACGUUGGAUCUUCAACGCCGCCCCCGAUUGAUUCCUCUAAUUCAGGUUCAUCCAAAGAGAAUCCAUCGCCACCUCCUGUACCUUCCGCUUCCGCUUCCCCACCGCCAUCUCCUACUUUUCCUCCUCCUUCUCCUCUUUUGAUACCUUCGCCACCGCCACCACAACUGCCGUCUGAGAGCGGCAGUGAUAAUCCUCCACCUUCCUCUGUUCCAACAAAAGGCUCUCCGGCAUCUCCAGGAAAUCCAUCUUCUCCAAUACCGGGGAAUAAUCCCUCUACUCCGACGAAUAACGGUGCAGCUUCGGGUUCUAAUACAGCCAAGGAGCUUCCACCAUCUGAAUCGACCGAUUCUCCUCCUCAAUCAGAAAAUACAGUCGUGAUUCCUUCACCAGGUGCAAAUCCGGCGAGGGGGAAACGAAAUCCGAGUCCACCUCAAGAGGCGACUUCUCCCACAUCAGACUCUAACAUCUUUCAACCUCCCUCAACACCAUCCACAUCCAAUAGUACUCUAGACAACUUACCUCAGUCCUCCGACUCAACGCCGGUGGAAACUCCAUUAAGGCAAUCCAAUGCACCAUCGUCACCUUCAAGUAGUCAAACAAAAGUUGCAGUAGGCGUUGUAGUAGUUGGAGUUAUUGUAAUUGUUAUGGUUGCCGUAAUUUUUAUAUUCACAAGGAAGAAGAAAAGACGGGGAGACUUGGAGAGUGGCCCAUACUUGCCUCCUAACAACGUCUGUGAGAAAUCAGAUGGAAAUUACAAUCCGGAUCAACAUAGUGGGAACUCUGGCUCGGCAGAAGGCAUCUAUACCCAGGUCCCGCAUACUCCUGUUGGAAAUAGCUUUGGGAGUCAAAAAGGAACAGGAGACAGAGGCAGUGGAGUGGAUUCAGGUGUGAUAAACAGUGCUAAGUUCUUUAGCUAUGAGGAGUUGAUGGAGAUUACCUCUGGAUUUUCGCGUCAAAACGUUCUUGGGGAAGGUGGGUUUGGAUGUGUUUACCAGGGUUUGCUUCCAGAUGGGAAGCCAGUGGCUGUGAAGCAACUCAAGGCAGGAAGUGGGCAGGGGGAAAAGGAAUUCAAAGCGGAGGUUGAGAUUAUCAGUCGCGUUCAUCAUCGGCAUUUGGUGUCUUUAGUGGGCUACUGCGGCUCUGAGAAUCAUAAAUUGCUCAUCUAUGAGUUUGUUCCCAAUAGGACUCUUGAGCAUCAUCUCCAUGGCGGCAAUGAAGUCCCCGUGUUGGAAUGGUCCAAAAGACUCAAAAUCGCUUUGGGAUCUGCAAAGGGCUUGGCGUAUCUGCAUGAAGAUUGCCAUCCCAAGAUUAUUCACAGAGACAUCAAGUCAGCCAACAUUUUGCUCGAUGAUGCUUUCGAGGCGCAGGUUGCAGAUUUUGGACUUGCAAAACUGACAAAUGAUGCAAACACCCACGUUUCAACUCGUGUCAUGGGGACAUUUGGAUACAUGGCGCCCGAGUACGCAUCAAGUGGGAAAUUAACAGACAGAUCAGAUGUUUUCUCAUUUGGGGUUGUUCUUCUUGAGCUUAUUACUGGUCGUAAGCCUGUUGAUCCCUCUCAGCCUCUAGGGGACGAGAGUUUGGUCGAAUGGGCUCGACCUCUUCUCCUUCACGCCAUUGAAACUGGGAAGUUCGACGGAUUAAUAGACCUUCGCCUUGGAAAACGUUAUGUGGAAAGUCAAAUGUUCAGAAUGAUCGAAGUAGCAGCUGCCUGCGUUCGUCAUUCAGCUCCCAAAAGGCCUUGCAUGGUUCAGGUGGUGAGAGCUCUGGACAUUGAAAGUGACAUGUCCGACCUCACCAAUGGUGUCAAAUUUGGACAGAGCACUACCUAUGAUUCUGAACAAUACAGUGAAGACAUCUCUAACUUCAGGAAACUGGCGUUCGAAGACAGCCCCGACUACGAUGGUUACAGUAGCGAACACAAUUCCAGAGAAAUGAAUGCAACUCGGGAAUCAUGGAGAAGUCAAAAUAACUCAAGUGGUGAAUCAGAAACUCGAGCUUUUAAGGGACAAAGUGGCGGCGUAACACACAGUCAACAUACUGGACGAUAAUUCAAAUAGGAUGCCUCAAACAAGACGUACAUAAUGUGUAAAACUUCUUCCCCUUUUCUCUUUUUUUGGCUUUUUACUUCCAUUUUUGACUUAGUUAUACUCAUCUUACCAUGAAUUUAUGCAUCCUUCAAGGAUAUCUCAUUAAUUUAAAAGAGAUUGAUGAGAGGGAUGUUCCACUUUUGGUGAUGCUGUGGUUGUUUUGUAUUGCA